UUUAAAAAAAUUCAAAUUAAUAAAUAAACUACUUUAAAAAAAUGUCAAUAAACCAAAUUUUAAUGUUUCUAUUGUAAUAAAUAAAAAAUAAACAGAAAAAUUCUCUGUGAAAAUUGUCAAACAAAAAAAAAAAAAUGGCAAUGAAUAAUUAUAAAAUUGAUUACAUUCCACAAAAAGGUUACAAUCAUUUAUCACAUAAUUCUCAAAAUUAUCGUUCACCGUCUUUCCACUACGAAAAUGAUUCAUAUACACGUAAUAUAAGGAAUUGUUUAGAAAGAUCAACUCCAAAAUAUCACUCUUUUCAUGAUAGGCAAUAUUUAGAAGGAGAAGGAGAUCCUCAUUUUUUCACAACGGAAACGCAAAUGCGAAAAAUAAAUGCCACGAACGGACGUGAAUCGCCGAAUGGUUGUAAUUUAAUAAUAAAAAAAAUUCAAAUGCUCGAGGAUGAAAAUUUAGCAACAAGAAAAAAAUAUCAAUGUCUUUUUAUAGAAAAAGAAAUAGAAGUCGAAAAACGUAUGAAACUCGAAAAAAAAGUUGCAGAAUUAGAAAAGUUUUUACAAGAAGAACGAGAAAAAGCACCAGCAGAAAAAGAUCACCGAUCAUUAAAAACUGUAGAAACUUUAACAACAAAAGUACAGUGUGCUAAUGAGGAGGUUCAAGUUUGGCAAGUAUGCAGAGCAUGUCGAAGAGAAUUGCAAAGUCAAGAAAAUAACGAACCAAUUAUAACUAUGACAAAAACAGAAUUGGAGAAUUUAGAAAAGGAUAUGACAAUUCUAAGAGAUAGUAUUCUUGCAACAGAAGAAACUUUAAACAGAUCAAAGAUAAGAGAACAAAAUUACAGGGAACAAAUAGCACGACUUUUUGUUGAAGCCGAUUCCUCUCAGACACUUUGUAAAAUUCGUUCAGAUGAAAUAAAAACCCUAACACGUGAAUUAUCGGACAAAGACAUUGCUGUCAGAAAUAUGGAAAAAAAUAUAAUGGACAUGGGAAAAUUAAUAAUCAAAUUAAAUAAACAAUUGAGAAAUCAUGAAGAAUUUUGCCAGAUAGAAAACGGAUUUACUACGGAAAUAAGUGAAAGAGAACAAAAGUGGAUGGAGGAUAUUGAACGACGUCUUUGCAAUACGAAGGGCAAACAGAGAACAAAAGAUAAAGCAUCCUCGAGUCAGCAAUCUAGUCCCCGUGGGGUUAAAAUUACAGAACGUGGUAUAGAAUCAUAAAUAGUAUGUUAAAAUUUAUAAAAAUUGUAAAUUUCCCCAAAAAUGUAAUUGUUUAAAACCGUAUUUUAAACAAUCAAAAAUU